UUUCUAGUGGAUAUAUAAACAGUCCAAACUUUUCGGUAACAACUUUUCUUCAUAUAUCACUCUUACCAAAAAAAAUGGAAAAUUUCCCCUCUAACCAAACUUGGGUCCCUGUUUCCAAUUGUUCUUGUCCUAUAGCUGAAAAUAAUUGCUAUAGACCAGAACUCUACAGCAAACCCAUAAUCUGCGCCCACAGCUCUAUCCCAAAUAUUUUAAAAUUUCUUGAGCGACCUGUUGAAUUUAAUUGUUCUAUUUAUUUCAUUUAUAUUAUUUUGUUCGCUAUUUUGGGGACCCAGGUCUUAUGUUUGUUUGGUGCUUGGGCUGUGGAACGUUAUCUCAAUGGACGGAAAGCUGAACAACAUAGACGUCGAAGGGAGGAACGGAUUUUUGCCCCAGAUCUCCGCGUUCACACACGAAGAGUCCGUCGACCUAUCAAAAAAGAUGACAUUGGUCCCCCAUUACCUCUCCACUGCCUUGUUACAAAACAACGAGUGGAGGUUCAUGAAAUUGAAAUGAAGAAUAUGGGAGAAAAAGAAAGUGUGAAGGAAAAUGAAAAUAAAGAAUUGGAAAAUGUUUGAAUUUUUAAG